AAAUUUUGCUGUUAUGAUUGUGAUCCAUGUUCUGAUGGGAAGAUGUCAAACAUGUCAGACAUGAUUGCUUGUUCCGAAUGUUCAGAAGAUCAAUAUCCAAGUAAAGAUAAAGUUACAUGCAUCCCCAAAGCCGUAACUUUUCUAACUUAUAAAGAACCUUUAGGAAUUGGUUUAGCUAUAAUUGCUGUAUUAUUUUCAAUCAUUACCAUGUUCAUAUCUGGAAUAUUUAUUAUUUAUAAGGACACCCCUAUUGUUAAAGCAAAUAACAAGGGCCUCACCUACACUCUUCUAAUCUCCCUUCUGCUUUGCUUCCUCUGCUCUUUCCUCUUCCUGGGAAAACCUCUUCAAGUGAUAUGCUUCCUGCGACAAUCCGUGUUUGGCCUUAUCUUCUCUGUGGCUAUUUCUUCUGUGUUGGCCAAAACCAUCAUGGUCAUUGCAGCAUUCAUGGCCACCAAACCAGGGUCUGGCAUGAGAAAAUGGUUGGGGAAAAAAAUAUCCUUCUUAAUUGUUUUUUCUGGCUCUUUCAUUCAAGCAAGCAUUUGUCUGGCAUGGAUGAUCACAUCUCCCCCAUUUCCAGAACUUAACAUGCAAUCCAUGACUGAAGAGAUCAUAGCAGAAUGCAAUGAAGGGUCUGUUGUGAUGUUUUACCUUGUGUUGGGCUAUAUGGGGUUUCUGUCUCUGGUCAGCUUCAUGGUAGCUUUCCUAGCUAGGAACCUGCCAGACACAUUCAAUGAAGCCAAGUUCAUCACUUUUAGCAUGUUGAUGUUUUGUAGUGUUUGGUUGUCUUUUGUUCCAACGUAUUUGAGCACCAAAGGAAAGUAUAUGGUAGCUGUGGAGAUCUUCUCCAUUUUAGCUUCCAGUGCUGGGUUAUUGGGAUGUAUCUUUUCCCCCAAAUGCUAUAUUAUUUUGCUGAGGCCUGACCUCAACAACAAAGAGAAACUUGUAAAGAAAAAGCAUUUCUGA